UUUUUUGUCCGAAACUUAUGUAUUAGAAGUUAGAACCAGAAUCACCCAUUCUUGAAAAUUGAAUCCAUCGGGCGAUUACAGAAACGCCGCCGCCGUCUCGCUGCCACUUCUGCCGUCAAUUUUCCACCAGCAUCUCCUUCGGAGUAGUCUCCAAACAGUGAAAAAUGGGUGACUUGAAGACAUGGGUAUCUGAUAAAUUGAUGUCCCUUUUGGGGUAUUCACAACCCACUAUUGUUCAAUUUGUGAUAACGCUGUCUAAGAAAGCUUCAUCUCCGGCUGAAAUUGUAAAGCAACUGCAAGAUUUGGAUUUUUCAGCAUCUAGUGAAACAUAUGAAUUUGCCAAAGAAAUUUUUGCUAGAGUGGAGCGGAAGGCGUCGGGACCAAGUGUAUACCAACAACAAGAAAAGGAAGCAGUAAUGUUUGCGCGUAAACAAAAAACCUACAAAAUUUUGGAGGAUGAUGAUGAGGGCGAUGUGGUUCCUGUUGCCCAAUUGCCUAAAAAGGAAGAAACUCGAAAUAAGAAGUUCAGAAAAAGAAGUCACACAGACGAUGGCAUUGAUGAUGAGGAAGUAAAAAUUGGAGGCCAAGAAAGACGAGUAAGAAGUCGGACUACUCAUGACGAAGAUGAUGGUUCUGAGUCCGAAGAAGAAAGACUGCGUGACCAGAGAGAAAAGGAGGAGUUGGAGCGUCAUAUUAAAGAACGUGAUGUUGCAGGGACCAGAAAGAUAACGGACCGCCAGUUAACCAAAAGAGAAGAAGAAGAGGCAAUUCGAAGAUCUAAUGCGUUGGAGGAGGAUGAUGGGAUUCGGAAUUUAAGAAAAGUGUCAAGGCAAGAGUAUUUGAAGAAAAGGGAGCAAAAAAAAUUAGAUGAGCUCAGAGAUGAUCUCGAAGAUGAGGAAUACCUGUUUGGUGAUGUCAAAUACUCUGAAGUAGAAUAUCGUGAGCUAAGAUAUAAAAAGCAAAUUUAUGAGCUUGUUAAAAAGAGGAAUGAAGAGGCUGAUGAUGGAAAUGAGUACAGGAUGCCGGAUGCAUAUGAUCAGGAUGGUGGUGUCAAUCAAGAAAAAAGAUUUUCUGUGGCAUUACAGAGAUAUAGGGAUCCUACUGCAGAGGAAAAGAUGAACCCAUUUGCUGAACAAGAAGCAUGGGAAGAACAUCAGAUCGGCAAAGCUACUCUUAAGUUUGGAUCUAAGAAUAAAAAGCAGAACCAAGAUGAUUAUGAGUUUGUUUUUGAGGAUCAAAUAGAGUUCAUAAAGGCAACAGUUAUGGAUGGUGAAAAUGUUGCGCAGGAAUCAUCUGCUGAAUCACCAGAAGCUUCUGCUGCAAAAACGGCAUUUGAGAAACUUCAGAGUGACAGGAAGACUCUGCCGGUAUAUCCUUAUAGAGAUGAGUUGCUACAAGCUGUUGAUACGCAUCAGGUUCUUGUCAUUGUUGGAGAGACAGGAUCUGGAAAAACUACGCAGAUACCCCAGUAUCUUCAUGAGGCAGGGUACACUAAGAGAGGAAAGAUUGGGUGUACCCAGCCUCGUCGUGUUGCAGCAAUGAGUGUUGCGGCUCGAGUUUCUCAAGAAAUGGGUGUAAAACUGGGGCAUGAGGUUGGUUAUUCUAUUCGAUUUGAAGACUGUACUUCAGAAAAGACAAUCUUGAAAUAUAUGACGGAUGGAAUGUUGCUGCGAGAAUUCCUUGGGGAGCCUGACCUUGCAAGUUACAGUGUGGUGAUCGUUGAUGAGGCCCAUGAAAGAACACUGUCAACAGACAUUUUAUUUGGCUUGGUGAAGGAUAUUGCAAGGUUCCGCCCUGACCUCAAAUUGCUUAUUUCAAGUGCCACCCUCGACGCCGAGAAGUUCAGUGAUUAUUUUGACUCUGCUCCAAUUUUCAAAAUACCUGGAAGGAGAUAUCCUGUUGAAAUACAUUAUACCAAGGCCCCUGAAGCCGAUUAUUUGGAUGCUGCUAUUGUUACUGCACUGCAAAUCCAUGUGACCCAACCCCCUGGAGAUGGCGAUAUUCUGGUUUUCUUAACUGGACAAGAGGAGAUAGAAACUGCUGAAGAGAUUCUUAAGCAUCGAACGCGAGGGUUGGGAACCAAAAUAGCAGAACUUAUCAUAUGCCCCAUUUAUGCAAACUUGCCUACAGAACUUCAAGCAAAAAUAUUUGAACCCACUCCAGAAGGGGCACGCAAAGUUGUCCUGGCGACGAAUAUUGCUGAGACUUCUUUGACAAUUGAUGGGAUCAAGUAUGUUAUCGAUCCAGGUUUCUGUAAGAUGAAGUCAUAUAAUCCUCGGACUGGAAUGGAAUCAUUACUGAUCACUCCAAUCUCGAAAGCUUCAGCUAAUCAACGAGCAGGCCGAUCUGGAAGAACUGGUCCUGGAAAAUGUUUUCGAUUGUACACUGCCUACAAUUAUUACAACGAACUGGAUGAUAAUACUAUUCCAGAAAUACAAAGGACGAACUUGGCCAAUGUAGUGCUUGCUCUAAAGAGUCUUGGCAUCAAUGAUCUGCUUAACUUUGAUUUUAUGGACCCUCCACCGUCCGAAGCUCUUCUGAAGGCAUUGGAACUUCUUUAUGCUCUGAGUGCGCUUAACAAGCUUGGUGACUUGACCAAAGUUGGAAGAAGGAUGGCUGAAUUCCCCCUCGAUCCCAUGCUAUCUAAGAUGAUUGUUGCUUCUGACAAAUAUGAGUGCUCUGAUGAGAUCAUAUCAAUAGCCGCAAUGCUAUCUGUCGGAAAUUCAAUAUUUUAUCGUCCCAAGGACAAGCAAGUGCACGCAGACAAUGCACGCUUGAAUUUUCACAUGGGAAAUGUUGGGGACCAUCUUGCAUUGUUGAAGGUGUAUAGUACAUGGAAAGAAACCAAUUAUUCAACUCAGUGGUGCUACGAGAAUUAUAUCCAGGUGAGGAGCAUGAAGAGAGCUAGGGAUAUCAGGGAUCAGCUUGAGGGGCUGCUGGAAAGAGUCGAGAUUGAGGUGAAAUCAAAUGCAAAUGAUUUAGAUGCAAUUAAGAAAGCAAUAACAUCGGGAUUCUUCCCCCAUUCGGCAAGACUACAAAAGAAUGGUUCCUAUAGAACUGUCAAACACCCCCAGACAGUUCAUAUUCACCCGAGCUCCGGUCUAGCACAGGUUCUUCCAAGAUGGGUGGUCUACCAUGAAUUGGUUCUAACAACCAAGGAGUACAUGCGGCAGGUUAGUGAGCUAAAACCCGAAUGGUUGGUGGAAAUUGCACCGCACUAUUACCAGAUGAAGGACGUCGAAGAUGGCGUAUCGAAGAAAAUGCCUCGCGGCGUAGGGCGGGCAGCAAUGCAAUGAGUUUGUUGGUUGUGGGUUGGUCAUGCUGUACAUAUUGACUAGGUAAAGACUAGAUCAAAAUUGAAUUGCUUUGCAUGCCCACCUCCUCACCUCAAUGAAAUGAUGAUUAUGUACCCUUUAUUUUGUUAGAUAUAUAGUACCAAAAAGUAAAGAAAAAACAAAUAUCAAUUUUGUAGGAGAUUUUUUGUGGUAUUAAUCGUUGCGUCGGCUAAAUCAUUUUUCUGUUGUGUGUAUUACAUGUGACAUCAAUUAAUAUAUUUUUAGACCUUUGAAGGAUGCUUUGUAUUUCAUAUUCAAAGUAACAUAAAGACUAAAUGCCUUACCCUUUGGUUUUGGCUUGACCCUU